AUGCAGAAUUCCGCCAAGAAGCCCGACACCGUCGCAAAGCGGCGUAAGAGAGUCAAGGCUCCCCGCGAUAACAAGAGCAGUGGUUUCGACGAGGUCCUCCAGACCGACAUUGAUCAGCUCCUCCGCAGACACAAGCCCGAAACCGAGCUCGAGACAGAAGACGCUUCCACGCCCCCGCAACCCACCCUCCCCGAGCCUUUCACCGAAAUUGAAGUUCAGGUCGCCGAUGUAUCAUCAACGGGUGAUGGUUUAGCAUUGUCCGAGAACCAGGAUCAUGUCUACGUCGUUCCCUUCACAGUCCCCGGCGACAAGGUUCUGGUCAAGGUGGUGCGGCACUUCCCCUCUCUGUCCUACAGCAUGACGGACUUCAUCAAGGUCAUUGAGCCUGGCCCUAAGCGCAACGAUGCCGGCAUUGGUUGCCAGUAUUUCGGUCGGUGCUCGGGAUGCCAGCUGCAGAUGAUGUCCUACGAAGACCAGCUCGCCCACAAGAAGCGCAUCGUGGAGAAAGCCUACGCCAACUUCUCUGGUUUGAUUCCAGAGUUGAUUCCCGCCAUCGACGACACUUUCCCAUCUCCGCUGCAAUACGGCUACCGGACGAAGCUCACGCCGCACUUUGCAGCUCCUGGCGGAAACAAGAGGAGGGGUAAGGGGCCCCGCGAGCCGCACAAGGAGGUGCCUCCGAUUGGCUUCACUUUCAAGAACAGACGCAUGGAUUUGGAUAUCGAAGACUGCCCGUUGGGUACCGACAUUGUCCGACAGGGAUUAAAGAGCGAGCGCAAGCGCGUGGCCGAGACCAUUGGCAAGUACACCAAAGGCGCCACUCUUCUCAUGCGCGAAUCCACCAGCCGCGUGCCGAAAGAGCAGGACAGCGAGAACCCUCCUGCGCCCAUCAACAAGCCCGGACAGGAUUCCGGCGACGUCAUCCGCAUCGAAAAGGAUACCUACAUUGAAGAGAAGCGCUGCGUGACCGACUCGAACGCCACCAGCAUCGAAUAUGUCGACGACUACGUCUUCACCAACAAAGCCGGCGCAUUCUUCCAGAACAACAACUCCAUCCUCUCUGGGUUCACCGAGUUCAUCCGCCAACACGCUAUGCCCCCGAACAACGACCAAGACGCCAAACCCAUCAAAUACCUUCUGGAUGCCUACUCCGGCUCCGGUCUCUUCACCAUCACCCUCUCCCCGCUAUUCAAGUCCAGUCUGGGCGUCGACGUUGCUGGCGACUCCAUCGCCUCGGCGCGGGACAACGCUCGCGACAACAAGCUCCCUAACACUGGGUUCGCCGCCGCAGAUGCAGCCACGCUUUUCAAGGACGUGCCCUACCCUCCUGACCAGACUCUGCUGGUGAUUGACCCCCCGCGCAAGGGAUGCAGUGACGACUUUCUCCGGCAGUUGCUGGCCUUUGGACCGCGCCGGGUGGUCUACGUCAGCUGCAACGUGCACACACAGGCGCGCGACGUGGCUGUCAUGGUGCAAGGCGAUACGGAGAAGAAGAUCCGGUACGAGAUCGAGAGCAUCCGGGGAUUCGACUUCUUCCCGCAGACGGGACAUGUUGAGGGAGUUGCUAUUCUGAACAAGACGAGUAUACCCGAGUCUGCCUAG